AACACCUCCGUCCGGUCUCAUGAGUUCAUCAGUUUGAAUCCAUCAGUCUUGGAAGUCUAAUCGUUGCGGAAAAAAAAUUCACAAAAAUGUUUCACGCCAAGAUUGUGCUUCUGUGUACCGCCUGUGUCCUCGUUAUGGGCAAGCCUCAAGGAUUUGGAGGAUUUGGAAGUCCUCAGAAAUUGGAGGGCCAGCAGCUGAUAGAUGCGCAACAGGAAUUGCAUAGCUCUCUGGUUAAAUUGGACGCCGGAGAUGGUCCGCACUACCGCAUCGUGAAGGUCCUGGAAGCUACAUCCCAGGUGGUUGCUGGAAUCUCCUACAAGUUCACAGUGGAGCUGAUCGACGAAAGUGACGUUAAGAAGGUGUGCAAAGUGGACAUUUGGAAUCGCUCCUGGCUACCAAAUGGCAUCGAGGUUACUUUCAAGUGCCCCAAUGAGCCCGAACUGACCAAGAAACAUAGUGCCUAAAAACCUGAAAAGUAAUAUGAAUACAAUUUCGAAUAUUUCUCAUUAAAAAUCAACUACAAAGAAAA